GCUGUUUGGAUUCAAAGCCGCUAUAAAGGCAGGGCCGGCGGGCCGGGGCGGCAGCGAGGCGCGCCAUGGCCAACCUGUCGCAGUGCCUGGAGGAGGGCGCCGGGCGCUGGCCGCCGCGCCCGGCCGGGCUGGAGCUGGGGCUGUACAGCGAGGCGCAGCGGCUGGCGCUGGAGGAGCUGGUGGCGGGCGGCCCCGAGGCGCUGCGGGCCUUCCUGCGGCGGGAGCAGCUGCCGCCCUUCCUCUCGGAGCCCGAGGUGCAGGCCAUCGCGCGGGGCGCCGUGCCGCCCGCCGCGGCCGAGGAGGAGCCGCCGUCGCUCGGCGCCUCGCCGGCCGCCUCCUCGCUCACCUACUUCCCCGAGCGCUCGGACGUGGAGCCGCCGGCGCUGGAGCUGGGCUGGCCGGGCUUCGCCGGCGGCGCCUUCCGCGGGCUGACGCGGGUGGAGGCGCACUUCCAGCCGGGCUGCGGGGAGAGCGGCUGCGGCUGCAAGGAGGCGGUGCGGCGGCAGAUCCGCUCCGCGCGGCAGGUAAUUGCCAUUGUGAUGGAUUCCUUCACAGAUACUGAUAUCUUCAGUGACCUUCAGGAUGCCUACAACAACCGGAAGGUCCCUGUCUAUAUCCUUCUUGACCAGGGCUUUCUACCCUACUUCUUGGAAAUGUGCAAGAAUUUAGGAGUCUGUCCCGAGCAGGAAAAUUUGAUGAGAGUUCGAACUCUCACUGGGAACACAUACUACACGAGGUCAGGUGCCAAAAUCGUUGGGAAGGUUCAUGAGAAGUUCAUGUUAAUCGACGGCAUUAGAGUGACAACAGGCUCCUACAGUUUCACAUGGACCGAUGGGAAGCUGAACAGCUGUAACUUGCUGCUGUUGUCAGGUCAAGUGGUUGAACAGUUUGACCUCCAGUUCAGAAUUCUUUAUGCCCAGUCAAACCCUAUCAGCCCUAAACGUCUGUCGAGCUCCAGGAACAGUGGAAUAUUUGAUCAUCUGGUGAGCAGAAUAGAGUCCUCUAAAGAAUACUCUGUGAAAAGCAAUUUGAGAGCAGAAUUUGCCAGGAUGUCUAGUACUCCCAAAAAAGUGUUAAAAGGACUAGAUCUGGCUGAAGAUACUCCUGGAGGCAAACCUUGUAACCUGGGACAUUCUUUCAUCAGUGAAGUGGAGUGGUUCAGUGAUCAGGAGGCCACAGUGGAGCGAAAGAACGCAUCAACUCAAACUGGCUGGUGGGAAGAGAAGCCCGUAGCGACUGUGUGUAAUGCCGUCACGCAGACCAACGUUUUAACAGAUGAAAUUGGCACCCAAACUUCUGUUGAUGCUAGAAUGACAGGGACUCAGACUUCAGUUUUGCUGAAGACUGCAGUGACGCAGACAAAGGAAGAAGAGCAUGCAGAAACACCCCUGCUUUACAGAAGGGCAUCAAAAGAAGAAUCCUUUCCACCUGGAAAGUCUGUAUCAAAUUGUAGCCUGCGAUCUCUGUCUUCAUCCUCCUCCCAGUGUUCUCUUACCAGCUCUACCAGCUCACUCUCUUCCAUUCGUUCCAUUGAAUACUCCAGCAGUCACAGGGCAGAAUAUUUCCAGAAACUGCAUAAGGAGAGGCAAUUCCACUACUCCACCAUCAGGUCGAAGUUCAGCCACAUGGUGGAUAUCCUAUCCCGAAGGAGACAUGUGCCUGAAAACUACAUGAACCACUACACUGGAAGAUGCGACCUAAAUCAGAGGCGAGACAUCAGUGCCAGCCUGCGCAGCCUCCGAGAUGUUUCACUCUUUUCUCUGAAUAAAUGACUGCUGUACUGAAUGCAGAGCACAAAAGUUUGGGUUUCAAAAUGCACUUGUUUAUCUGCUGAUUCUUCUAAUUCCUUCCAGUACUUGUACACAUACCAACAAGAGUAAAUCCCUUUCCAGCACUUUGUUUUAUACUAUGCAAUUUAAGUAAUAAAACCCAGGUUUUUAUUUAUACCAUAACCACUUACGUUUCCCUUAUAUGCAUUAGUGGUAAAGGUUUAUUGUACUUCUGUAUACUUGGCUUAGAAAGCAUUAAUAUGUUUACUCUUCAGGAUUGCUAAUUCUUUGGUUUUAAGUUAUCUAAACAUGGGAAAAAUCUGAGUCCGACUGACCUUGCUCAGAAUGACUUUAUCAAUAUAUACUUUUUUCCCCUUUCUAAUAGUGGGACUUUCACUUUAUACUCAACAUGAGGGGAAAAAAAUUAAUCAUAAAGCUAUUUUUUCUGACUUCAGAGAUAAAAAUAUUACCCUUCCAUUAAAGUUGUGAAGGGUCUAUUGGAACAGUUGCAGGUUCUUAUGUUCAACUGUAUCCUCUUUCCAUUGUUUAAGCAUUCUGAAAGGGUAGUGAGUACAUAGUACUGAGCUAACCACCUCUUCAGUUUGAUCACCUUAUGUCUGUGUCUCUCUCUCUCUCUCUCUCUCUCUCUCUCUCUAUAUAUAUAUAUAUACACAUACACAUUUGUAUAUAUAUGCACAUUCUCAGAGGAGCAUCUUUUAAAAAUCAAGGAAGCAGCAACCUAGCGCUCCAAGAUAGCCAUACCUGUUUUAAGGGAACUUGUCCUCAUUUAACUAGUUUUUAGUUUUGAAUACUAGAAGCACUUACAUUGGAUCUGUUUGAACACUAAUGUAAAUGUAUUGCUGAGGUGUUUGGGGGUGCAAAUCGUGCUUGUGAGCAGGAGAGGAGGUAAUAGUUGGAGCUCAGUGUCUCAUAGCAGCACUCCUGUUGUAUACCCCUUUUGGCACAACUUCAGAAGAUGCCUUUUGUUCAAUGUCUCUUCCAGAAUUGAGACCAAGUCAUAUUCUGGCUUGGUCUAGAAGGUUUCUGAACCAUUUAGGGGAGAUUUAGGUUAGAAGUUAGGAGACAUUUCUUCUCAGAAGUUUUCUCAUAAAAAGUGGUCAGGGGUCAGGCAUUGGAAUGGGUUGCUCAGGGAAGUGGUGGCGUCACUGUCCCUAGGGGUGUUCAAGGAAAGGUUGGACAUGGUGCUUAGGGACAUUGGUAGUAGGGUGAUGGUUGGACCAGAUAAUCUUGGAGGGCUUUUACAGCCUUACUGAUUCUACGAUCUUGCUUCUGUUAAGAGACCUGUAAAUGGCAUCUUUGCAGUCAGCCUAGUGGUGAGACAAUCACUGAGGACACACAAAGCCCCUGCUCAAACACUACAAAAACAUUACAGAUUGUUUGUUUUUAUUCUUUUACAAGUAAUUUUUUAAAAGUUUUUAUCUUAAGCUGUGCUUUCUGAAGUAUUCUGUGUUUCCUGCUCUGUCUGUAUUUUAUCCACUAAUAGGUUCUUCAAAGAAAGUUAAGUGCCUUUCUAGCUUUUGAAAAUGCUCUGCUUUCAACACUAAAUGGAUCUUGGGUUAAGUCACUUUGCAGACACUACAUGGAUAUUUGUUAGUAUUACUGUGCAUGUGUCCAUGCUUGAUGGAUCACUUCUUUGAGCAGCAUGUGGAUUUUCUGAGUUCUCUCUGAAAUCUGACCUGUGAUAUUAUUCUUUAGACCUGUUUGCCAAUAUUUUAGUGACCAACCAGACUCGGAAUUCUUCAGAGUCAAAUCAGAGUCUGCGUGAGAUAUUUCCUUCUUAUUUAUGGACUUGUCUGUCCAGUAGGUGGCACAUUUCAGCUGUUAUUUAUUUCCACAAGAAGCAAUGAAUAGGAAAGUGCCAAAACUCAGCAGAGCUGUAACCGAAGUGUAGACAGCAGCACUUUAUUCUACUGACUAGAAUUUCUAUCUUUGAGGUCUGUAUUGACAAAGAGGCUCGGCUACUUUUAUAGGUUGGAGGUUAAAGCAGCCGCUUCUUUCCUAAAGCUAAAAGGCAGAUGUACGGAGAGGUGCAGGCAAAUUAAAAGCUGUCUGCACCUGCUUAAACAGGUGAGGUGCACAGCUCCUAGAGCUGGAACAGAGAUGAAAGGGGGUUGCAAAGAGGGAGCCAAAAUACACAUUCAAGGCCAAUGUCACAGUUGUAUUCUUAAAAGCCUCGUUGUUCAGCAAUGCUUGAAUGUAUCCAAAAUCCACCUGAAAACCGUGUUUGUUCUCUGUACUUCUCAGCUUGGUGCGCUGUACGGUUGUUUUGGAGCUCUCCCAGGAACAAUACCUUUUUUUACAAAUAAACUCACUUUGCCACGGGGGUUCUCACCGGA